UAUAUAGUAUAUAAAAAUGUUAGGCAUUGAUCGUAUUGCCAAAAUGUCAAUGGAACAUAAUUUCGCAAGCAAUCGCAAUGGAAUUGACGAUGAGGUUGACGUUGAGGAAUUCUGUAGCUUCACUUCAAAGUCAUCUGUAACGUCACCACCAAGUCAAAUGGAUCAUAGGAUGAGUUAUUAUGAUUGUGAAGAGGAUACACAGCAAAUGCCAAUGAUAGAAGAAGAGGAGAAUGAGGAGGGAGAGGAGGAGCAGCAACAGCAGCUACAGAAUGAGAAGUUGAUGGCGGUGAAGGAGGAGGAGGAAGAGGAAGAUGCGAAUUUGGAACUUUACCAUCGACGAUCCAAGUCGCUGGAGAAUUUUCACUUAACACAGACUAAUGCAACCGAAUCAACCGAAUUCCAUGAACAUAGCCAGAGAAAAAAUUAUGGAGAUGAUGGUGACGACGACGACGGCAAUGACGACCAUGAUAACCAUGAUGACCAUGAUGACCAAAAUGAUAAUGAUGACCAUGACGACCAUGACGACCAUGACGACCAUGAUGAUGAUGGUGAGGCGGCAGAAGUAGACGAGGAACAUAGUCAAAAUACUAAUGGCGAGGAAAGUCCAAGCGAAUAUCGCGUGGGUGGCUAUCAUCCUAUUGCUAUUGGGGAUAUCUUUCAGAAUCGUUAUUACACAUUGCGAAAACUUGGUUGGGGACAUUUCUCUACAGUUUGGCUAUGCUACGAUGCGAGAUGUGAACGCUAUUGCGCCAUAAAGGUGGUAAAGUCGGCAGAGCAUUUCACCGAAACGGGACGAGAUGAGAUACGUUUGUCCCGCACCAUAUCCAAUCGUAAUUGGCAUCCAUUGCGUCAACGGUUGAUCGAAUUGAUAGAUUUUUUCUAUAUAAGCGGUCCGAAUGGUACCCAUUUGUGUCUAGUCUUUGAGGCAUUGGGCGAAAAUCUCCUGAGUUUGAUUCAACGUUCCCGCUAUCAGGGCUUGCCACUGUGGAAUGUUAAGCAGAUUGCCAAACAGGUAUUAGAGGGCCUAUGCUUUUUGCACACCCAAUGCUCCAUAAUACACACCGAUUUGAAGCCCGAGAACGUGCUCCUGAUGGUUGAUGAUUACACAUUUCGUACGCAGGCGAAUGAUGCAGCUGAAACGUAUUUGAAGAAUCAUGCCCAUCUUUACAAUAGCACAGCAAAUGGCAAUAUUGGUAAUGCUAAUUGUAGUAAAUGUAAUAGUAGUAAUAGCAAUAGAAGUAGACAGCAUAAUAAUGGCAUAACUGCUACAAUGAUGCGUCCCUCCUGCCCGCACAAUGAGGAGGGGGAGGAGGGAGGUGAUCAUCGCAACAGCGAUUCCAAACUCACAAAAACGGCUAAAAGACGUCUACGUUCGAAAAUCAAGCGGAGUAUUAACUUUUUUCAAUCUCAUCGGCUUAUGUUGCGACAACGUGGCAUUGACGAUCUACUUCAUCUGGCCACCAGGGGCCUGUUGACCCCCACUAUGGCUGCCUCGUGUGUGCGUGGCAAUUUAUCAUAUUUGCCCUUCACAUUCGAUAAUCUGAUCAUAUUAGAUGACAAGGACAUGGAACAAUUGAAGAAAUUGACCAUGAUCGAACGAGUUGGUGAUAUGCCAUCGAAAGAUGCAAUCGAAGAGAAACCCAGUUCUUCGAGUCGUACAACAUUGUUGAAAAAACAUCUGCUUAAAUGCGAGAAUUCUCGAAAAAAUGAAAGCUUUAAACAUUUGGAAUCAUGCUCGAAAAUGUUAAAACUUCUUAUGACCAGUCCGGAGAAAUUUAUGCGAUAUGUGAAAAAGCGUAUAGAGGAAAAGACCAAGUCGUCGGUGCAUAAGCUCCCUUCUGCAAUUCCUAGACUGAAACAAUCUCCAAGGAAUGGACUAGCCGCCAACAGCACCGCAACCUUCAGUGAAUUCUUUCCAUUGAGUGCACAUAAUAAGGAGUUACCCGAACCCGGUAUCAAUUUAAUAUCACGCAAGGAUCCUGCCACAGAGCCGUGUAAAUUGAGUGUUAAGAUCGCCGAUAUUGGUAAUGCCUGCUGGUUCCAUCACCAUUUCACCGAUGAUAUACAAACCCGGGAAUAUCGUGCCGUCGAAGUCAUUUUGGGUGCCGGCUAUGAUGAAACGGCGGACGUAUGGAGUGCUGCAUGUUUGUUUUGGGAAGUGGCAACCGGUGAUUAUCUCUUUGAUCCGCACUUAACGCGUGAGGCAGACGCCUCACAGGAUGAGGCCCACAUAGCAAAUAUCAUCGAGACCUGCGGCCGUAUACCUGAAGAACUAAUUAGUUAUGGCGACUAUGCAUCUGCAAUUUUUGAAGGUCGCGAAUUGCGAAACGUGAAAGAUUUGCGUCCACGAUCCUUGACUAAUGUGCUAAUCGACCGCUAUCGUUGGCCCGACAAGGAUGCCGAAGAGUUUGUUGCAUUUCUAAUGCCCAUGCUUCAAACAGAUCCCAGGCUUCGGGUUAGUGCUGCCAAUGCUAUGCACCACAAGUGGUUAAAGCUGGAAAAGGAUGAUCGGGAUGAGGUUACUGAUAAAAAGGAGUCCAAGUUGAGCUCCGGCCAAGAAGAAACUACUUCCUAGGGAGCUCCGUCGCAAACCCGUAUAGCAAAAUUACAAAUUACAAUUGGAUUUGCUUAUUACUUGUGAACAAUUAGAAACUGAAAAAAGAAAUUGUAAUAAAGUGCUAAUGUAUUAAUCAAUGUUAGCUCAAAAUGA